AAUUAAAGAAAUGGCCGAGGUUAUUGUAUUAUUUAAUGGUUAUUCUACAAAACUUGGCAAUGAAAUAAUGAAAGCCAAUUGUUCUUGUACAUUAAUAAAGGCAUCGAAGAAUAUUAUCGUUGAUACUAUGACAGCUUGGGACCGAGAAAAAAUAAUACAAGCACUUUUUAAACAUAAUAUUACACCUGAAAAAAUUGAUUAUGUCGUAUGUACUCAUAGUCAUGCCGAUCAUAUAGGAAAUAAUAAUCUUUUCGAAAAUGCUGAACAUAUAAUUGGAACUUGUGUUCACCGUGGUGAACUAUUUUUCAAUAAAAAUUUUAAAGACGGAUAUAAAAUUUGCCCAGAAGUUAAAGUUAUAGCAACCCCUGGACAUACACCGGAUGAUGUUACAGUUUUAGUUGAAACUACAGUUUCUGGGAGAUCUACAUGUUUUGCUAUUACAGGAGAUUUAUUUGAAAAAAAGGAAGACAUAUCAGAUCCAUCGAUUUGGAAAGAGUUAGGAACUAUAGAAUUACAAAAAACUCAAUCACUUAUGCGAUCUCAUGUAGUAGAUUUGGCAAAUCUUAUAAUACCUGGACAUGGGCCCAUGUUUGCUGUUACUGAUGACAUGAGAAAAAUUAUUAGGAGUCAAAUAAUUCUAUAACAUCAUAAUGUAUAUAUGAAAAUAUACAUUUCUGUAGCUAUACUCUGUAUAUUUUGUAACAAGAAUUUUAUUUAUUUGUAAUAUUUGAUUAAGUCUCACGUAUUUGAUUAAUACUCACAUUGUUUUUACAAAUACUUUAUUAAACACUGUAAAGUGUAGUACAUAGUAGACAGUAUCAGAUAGUAUCACAACAUUAUUAUAUAUAUAUUAUUAUAUUAUAUUAUAUAUAUAUAUAUAUAUUUGUAUACAUUGCAAUGAUUAUUACAUAUUAUUUAAUUCACAAAUGUUUAGAAAAAGAGCAUUUAAAUAGCUAUGUGCUACGAUCCUGCUUGUUAUGCAAUAUCAUAGUAAGUCAAGUAGUAUUUUGUAUAAUUAAAAAAUAAUUUACUAAUUUAAAUAUAGGUAAUUGUAGAAAGAAUAGCAUACACAUGUUGUAGAUAUAUUUUCUUAAUAUGCUGCAAUUUGAGUAUUCACUUUUAAUAUUUAAACUACAUAUUCAAAUAUUUUUGUUGUGUUCACAGCCAACAUCUAAAAUAAGACUUCACAUACUUUAUUCAUAACUUUCAUUUUUCAUGUUUUAUGAAUAGUUCAAAUGUUACUGAUAAUAAAUCAUAGUUGAAUAUACUUGUACAUUAUGUACACACAUUUAAUGUUGAUAUAUAAAAAAUUAUAUAAGUAGAUACCUGACAAAUAUAUGUGCCAUAUGUAACAAAUAUGCAAUUAUCAAUAGCACUAUAAGAUUCUGAAAAAUAAUUACAGUACAUUUUCCAGAUAAUGCUAUUUUAUUUAAUUCUUGUAUUCUUAUAAUUUGUAAUAUGUAUUUUGUACUGUUCUGAGAACAAUACUGUAUUAUAUGUCAUUUAAAAUAUGUUAAAGUUUUUACUUAUAAUCAUUUUCACAGAAGAAUUUUAUAAUUUAUAUUGUAAUUUUUGCGAGGAUUGGCACAGUUUAUAAUUUCUGUCUAUAAUAACCUUUCCAAUAAAUUGUUUUAUGUUGAUUGAUUUAA